AUGGCUGACAAUCGAACUCUAAGGGAACUCACAGCUCCCAACUUGAACCAACAACCGUUGUGCAUUGCAUACCAGCAGUUGGAGGAAGGUUCUAAUGUUGAGAUCAAAUCCGGUCUAAUUCAUCUAUUGUCGGCAUUCCAUGGCAUGAAAGGCGAAGAUCCGAAUAAACAUCUGGCAGAAUUUCAUGUGGAUUGGUUUUACUAUCUUCCCCCAGGUAGCAUAACAACUUGGGCAGAUUUAAAGAAGUGUUUCCUUGAGAAGUACUACCCAGCCACUAUUUCUGCAAGCCUUAAGAAAGCUAUCAGCAAUGUGGAUCGGAAGGAAGAUGAAUCCUUGUAUGAGUAUUGGGAGAGAUUUAAGAGAUUGUGUGCUAGUUGUCCUUACCAUGGGUAUUCAGAUCAAGACCUCAUCCUAUACUUAUAUGGAGGUCUAACUGAUGAUGACUUGAGGAUGGUGAAUGCAGCAAGUGGUGGAGGGCUAGUGAAUAAGACUCCAGGAGAUGCAACUAGGUUGAUUGCAGAGCUAGCAGAAAAUUCUAGGCAAUUCAGUCAGAGAACUCCCACGCGCCGGGUGAAUUUAGCAAAUUCGAAUACAACUGAGUUAGAGAGUCAAGUAGCUUAUUUGACUUCUAUGAUGCGUGAGUUCAUGGUGAACUCAAGGAAUCCACGGCAACUGAAUGCUUGUGGUUUAUGCACCUCCAUGGGACAUCCCACUGAUGCAUGUCCUCAAUUACAAGAGGAGCAGAAUGAGCAGGCCAACGCCUUAGGUUUUCAAGGGCAAGGUCCGCAGAGAAGAUAUGAUCCCUUUUCAAAUACCUACAACCCAGGAUGGAGAGAUCAUCCAAAUUUGAGAUAUGGGAAUUCCCAAGGAAACCAACAACAUCAGCAUGCUCAAGGUCAACAACAGUUUCAGCAAUAUAGGGCACCGUUCCUAACACCUCAAGGCCAAAGCUCUAAUUCAGGUAAUAUGUCAACUGAAGAAAUGAUUAGAUCACUAACUUCUAAUGUUUCUACCAUGCAGCAGAAUAUGAUGCAGUUUCAACAAGAAACCAGAUCAAGUAUUCAAAACCUGGAGAAUCAAGUCAGUCAAAUCUCAAGUGCAGUAAGCCGACUUGAAGCUAAGGACUCUGGAAAGCUUCCAUCCCAAACGGAGCUGAACCCUAAGCAACAAGUUAAUGCAAUAACAUUGAGAAGUGGCAAAAAGUUGCAAGAAACUGUAGUUGCACCUAAGAAGGCUAAAGACUUGAUUGGAGUUGAGGAGGAGGAAGUAGAACAAGAAACUAAGGCGAAUCCGCCAACCUUUACCUCUUAUGAGCCUGUGCCACCUUUCCCAGAAGCCUUGCAAGAUACUCGAAGGUAUGAGAAAGACAAGGAUAUUUAUGAGACUUUCAGCAAAUGUGAGAAACUCCCAGAAAAAUGUGGUGAUCCUGGUAUGUUUACUAUUCCUGUUACAAUAGGAGACACCACAUUACACCGAGCCAUGUUGGACCUAGGUGCAUCAAUCAAUGUCAUUCCCUACUCCCUGUUUAAAUCUUUAGAACUUGGGCCUUUGCAUGAAACUGGGGUAGUAAUUCAGUUAGCUGAUAGGUCCAAUGUAUAUCCUAAGGGGGUAGUAGAAGAUGUACUUGUUAAGGUUGAUGGAUUGAUCUUUCCUGCUGACUUUUACGUCCUUGACAUGGAACAUGACAAACAAGCAGCCCCCAUCCUGUUAGGAAGACCUUUCUUAAAGACUGCUAAGACAAAAAUCGAUGUGUCUACCGGUUCUUUGACUAUGGAGGUUGAUGGGAAAGCAAUUGUGUAUAACAUUUAUGAUACCAUAAAGUAUCCUGUUCAUACUCAUUCUUUAUAUUCUAUAAAUGUUGUCGAUCCAAUAUUGUAUGAUGUUUCUAACAUUGAUCAUGGGGAUGAGCUCCUCACACCUAUUACUAAUGUUGUGUCUGGUGAUUGCUUGGAUUCUUCUAUACCUACUAAUGUGCAGGUGAAGGUGGCGGAAUUGAAUGAACAGUCCAAGCUUCCACCUAUACCACUAGGGGCAACACCCACCCCGUCAUCAUUUCCGGGCAAGAAAUUAUCCCAGGUAUACCACAAAGCAAAGAAUAAGGUGUGGCAUGACAAGAUGAGCUCCCGUUGGAAGGGUCCAAUUCAAGUUGACAAGGUCUAUCCGCAUGGAGCGGUAGAAAUUCGGAGUUUAGAGACCAACAACAUGUUCAAAGUGAAUGGAAAAAGGCUCAAACCAUACUACGAAGGGUUCAAGGUCGAGAAUUUGGAGAACAUCGAUCUCUACGAGCCAUCAAUUAAUUAA